CUGAUUUAAAAAUACAAGUUUUCUUUUAAUAGAAAUCCUCCCCCUUUCUUUUCUUUGUUCCUUUGCUCUUUUUCUAUCUCGCCAUGCUACAAUCACUGUUGAUGUAAAUUACAUAUAAUACAAUACAUAACAAAGUGUGUAUGUGUACUCUAUUAAAACGGAAAUUUGCGUGUGACGCAAAUACAUCUAUAUGGGUAACUGUUGAAGGUGCGGGCUGUUAAAAGGUUUUUUUUUUUUUCCUUCCUUCCUUUUUUUUUUUUUACUUCUUUAGACAAUGACAGAUAAUUGGGAUCGAACCUUCUUUGACAAGGAACUCAAGUCAAUUUUAGAUAGUAAAUUACCAGUAUCAGCAUCUAAAAUUACUUCACUUCAACAAUUAGCAACUUCUCACCCAAAGCAUCACAAUUACAUUGUACAAUGCAUUACGAAAUUCAUUGAAAGUGCUCCACCUGAUUAUCGCUUGGCAGGUUUGUAUGUAAUUGACGCCAUUUCGCGUGCAGUCCAUAAACAGCUGAGGAGAAGAGAAGAGAAUAAUGAAAAAGGAAGCUUUGAAGCAGAAGGAUACCUUAAGCGGUUUGCUAUCGUCUUGAAGGAUGACUCACUUAUCGGAUGCUUUGAGUCAUGCUCAACCAAAGAUAAGGAUAAGGUGAAAAAGACACUGGAUUUUUGGGAACAAGGAAGCAUUUAUCCAAAGGAAGUAGUUCAGUAUGUAAAGGAUUCAUUUUUAAAACAAAGUAAGCAGGACAAAGGUUAUUAUCAAACACAAUUUUAUAUAAAAAGAAGCUUUAAAAAUACCCACUUUUUGAAUUUUCUUAAGAGUUUAUAUAUCGUUUGGAUUGGUAUUAAAACACACUUCUUUUAUUAUAAAUUAUCACUCUUGAUAAUAAUAGUGUCUCCACCUGUUGAUACAGCUGCUCUAUUGGCAACACUUAGUAACAUUGGCAACUUGAAUAUUCCCGGUUUAACAAGUAAUAAUAACAAUAGUAGUAGUAUUAGCAACAGUAGUACUAGCAGUGAUAGUAGCAAUGGCAGCUAUACUACACCAAUAGCCAACACUAGUACUACUACUACUGUAACAACAACUGCUGCACCUGUCACACAGCAAGUAAACAAGGAUCUAUCACUUCCUCCUGCUUUGGCUAAACUUUUGGGCAGUCUGGUCACUACACCAACACCAGCUUCAACUUCAGCCCAAGUACAAGCACCAGUCACCAACACACCAGCCCAAGUUCGCCUUGACCCUCGACUAGCUGCUAGUGAGUCUAAAAUAAAACCAAGCGUUUGGCCACCACCCCAAGGACCCUCUGUGCCACUUGCGAAUGUUGGAAGAACAGAAAAGAAGUCAAGAUGGGGUAAUGACACAGAUAAUAUCGCUAAUAAAACUACUACUACUACUACUACGUCUCCUGUUACUGUUACUCCUCAUACUACACAUACUACAUCUACCAUUACUGCUAAUUCAUCUGCUCAAGAACCUUGGCUCCAUCGCCAAAUGACUCAGACAGCCAACAAUAACAACAAUAAUAAUAUUAAUAACGCUCCCAUAUAUCAACAAAUGAACCAGCAGUUAUAUCAACAACAAUAUCAGCAAUACUAUCAACAGCAGUAUCAGUAUUAUCAGCAACAACAGCAACAGCAGCAGCAGCCACUACAACAGAUACAAUAUAAAGGAGCACAACCAAUGAGUGAUACCAGUUUACCACCUGGUUGUAUUCGAGUCCUGACACGUACAUUAUUUGUUGGUCCUAUUCCUGAUCACUAUGAAAGAGAAGAUGUGGCACGCUUAUUUGCCAAAUAUGGAGAGAUAGCUAGUGUGAUUGUAUCAAAAAAAUUAAAAGGCAGACACAAUGCAUUUCUCAAAUUUACUACUCGAGCAGCCACAGAAGCAGCCAAAUACGAUGGAGCAGGGCUCAUGGUUGAAGGCAUGCCUGUAAAGGUCAAUUGGGGAUUUGGGUUUGGUCCCAAGAAACACUUCAACUACGAUCGUGGUGAUUCGAUUAUACCUUUGGCUGAACUAAGUGCAGAAGAGAAAGAUAAUCUGGUGAUAGCCAGAGUAGGUGGUUUCCAAGGACAACCAGUACGUGAUCGCAUGGUGAUUGAGGAACCAGAGGCAGAGUAUAAACCAGAAUGGAAAGAUGAUGAACGUGGUGUCAAGAGAUACAACAAUCAGUUUGAAGAUAAUAGAAAAAGAACAAGGCAUUGAGUGAGCCUUUCUUUUAGUUUUACAUAAAGAACAAUAAAUACAAUGUACACACAUAUAUAUAUUAUGCCUUUUUGC